CUCGCGACGCGCUCUGGCGCCGGCCGGCCUCCAGAGCGUCGAGCGAACGUGUAAGUACUAGUACGCGAGCCUCGGAUGCCAUGUCCGCUCCCAUCUCGUGGUCGCUGCCCUUCUUCGAGCCUUCUCCCUCGUUGGUUGUGGACCGCCAGUAUGCCCUGAUCAUCUUGAACCAGCCCUGUUCUUUCCCUCUGCUCAGAGGCUCUGGAACGCGGGGAAACAGGCUGUAUGAUGUACUGACGGAAGUUGACGCGGGCGGCAGUAGGGGUGACCUCGACUCGCUGAGGGAUGAUGGUGUCCCGGUGGUCUACGAUCCUGACCUGUACGCGACGGACCUGAUGAAAUGCAUCCGUGCGCUCGAGGAGAGGGAUGCGGCCGAGGGUAUUCAGUCUGACCUGAUCAUCCUCGGCGGGCUGUCAGGCAGACUCGACCAGACAGUCCACACGCUCUCGCUCCUGCACAAGCGACGCAGCGGACGCAUGCGCAUCUUUGCGGCAACGGAUGACAACCUCGCCUGGGUCCUAGACUCGGGCACCCACCACAUACCCGUCAACCACGACGUCUUCGGGCCGACCUGCGGGCUCCUCCCCGUCGGGAUAGACUCGACGGUUCUCACCACCACAGGUUUGCGCUGGAACCUUACGGACGCCGAGUCGUCGUUCGGCGGCCUCGUCUCGACGUCGAACCAUCUCGUGCCCGAGGAGAAGGUUGUCACGAUCACGACGUCGAAGCCGAUAUGGUGGACCAUGGAGCUGCGUCCUGAGGGCUGCAGUGAGGAGGUCCGGUUGGUGAUGGAAUAG